AUGUCAGACUACAUUUGGUUUGAAGGAAUACCUUUCCCUUCUAUAGUGAAUCGAAAAGAAACAUUUGAAGAAAUUCGUCACAAGUUUGUGAUCAGAGAUGAAGACACAAUCAUACUGGCUUACCCCAAAUCAGGAAGUCACUGGCUGGUUGAGAUUGUCUGCUUGAUUCAGACCAAGGGGAAUCCAGAGUGGGUCCAAACUGUGUCUGUCUGGGAUCGCUCACCCUGGAUAGAAACAGAAUCAGGAAGGCAAAAUUUAAUAAAUAAGAAAGGACCACAUCUGAUGGCCUCCCACCUCCCUUUCCAUCUUUUCCCCAAGUCUUUCUUCAGUUCCAAGGCCAAGGUGAUAUAUGUCAUCAGAAAUCCCAGAGAUGUUCUUGUGUCUGGUUAUUUUUUCUGGUGUAAGACAAAACUUGUCAAGAAGGCAGAGUCACUGAGAACUUAUUUUGAAUGGUUCCUCAAAGGACAUGUGCCAUUUGGAUCAUGGUUUGAGCACACUCGUGGCUGGCUGUCCAUGAGAGGAAGUGAAAAUUUCCUUCUGCUGAGCUAUGAAGACAUGAAAAAGGACACAAGGAGAGCAAUAGAAAAAAUUUGUGACUUCCUAGGAAAGAAAUUAGAGCCACAAGAGCUGGAUAUGGUCCUCAAGUACAGCUCCUUCCAAGCCAUGAAAGAAAAUAAAAUGUCCAAUUUUAGUCUCAUGCCAAAAGAUUUGAUUACUAAAGGUUUUGACUUCAUGAGAAAAGGCAUAACAGGAGACUGGAAGAAUCACUUUACAGUAGCUGAAUCUGAAACCUUCAAUAAAGUAUUCCAGGAAAAAAUGGCUGGAUUUCCUCCAGGAAUCUUUCCGUGGGAAUAA